CGGGGGGAGCUACGGAAAGCGAGCAGGCCGGUCUCCCGGGCCGGAGACGCCUGCGUUCGCCGCGGUUGUCGCAGUUCCGGCCGAACGGCCGCUCCGCGGGGCAAGCAGGUGGUAGCGGUGGGUGUCCCGCCGGCCCGGCUCCCACGGGCUCCCCGGCUGGCCCGGGCCGGCCGCCGCACUCACGGCGGCGCUGCCUCAGGAGCGGAAGGAGCUGCCGCCCGCUUCCCCCGAGGUCGGCGUCAUGAGGAGCCUGCCGUUCUUCUGCCGCGGCGAGGUGGUGCGUGGCUUCGGCCGCGGCUCCAAGCAGCUGGGCAUCCCCACCGCCAAUUUUCCUGAACAAGUAGUAGACAAUCUUCCAGCUGAUGUGUCCACUGGCAUUUACUACGGUUGGGCCAGUGUUGGCAGUGGAGACGUCCAUAAGAUGGUCGUGAGCAUAGGAUGGAACCCAUAUUACAAGAAUGUGAAAAAGUCCAUGGAAACCCACAUCAUACAUACAUUCAAAGAGGACUUCUAUGGGGAAAUUCUCAAUGUGGCCAUUGUUGGCUACCUUAGACCUGAAAAGAACUUUGAUUCUUUAGAGGCACUUAUUUCAGCAAUUCAAGGUGAUAUUGAAGAAGCUAAGAAACAACUGGAUUUACCAGAACACUUGAAACUCAAAGAUGACAAUUUCUUCCAAGUUUCUAAAGGCAAAAUUAUGAAUGGCCACUGAUGAAGAGUACCUUACCUAUCCACUCACUAAUGUCUCACUGCUUCUGAUACAGUCUCAUCUUGAUCAUAUUUUAAAUCAAACCUUUCCCUGUAGCUGUCAAGUGGUCUUCAGCGUUUACUCCAUCAUGUUGUAUCGCACUAAAAGAUUCACUCAAAAAAAUCAAGACUUUUAAAAUGUAAUAACGUUGAUUAAAAUGUAGCACUAGAAAGCUAGUGUCUUGUAAUGGAAAUAGAGCCUGUGAGUGUGGGUGGAAAAGCAAGUCACUCGGGGAUGUGAGGACUGGCUGCACUUGAUAACCCCGUGCACUGAUGCUGGUGAGCCCGGCAAGCGUAUGCUGCUCAAUGGAAACUCUUCCCUGGAAAUGCAUCACGUGGAGCUUACCCAAGGAGGAAAAUCCAGCGUCUAUUUUUAUUAUUUUGUGCAUUAAUAUAUUUUUACAGACCUACAAACUUUGAGUUUUGAGUCACUCAUUUCCCACGAAGUCAGUUCCUUGUAGUGUCCCAGUGUUCUGUGUAGGGCUGCUUCAUUUCAGCUUGAAAUGGCCUUACACCCAUGUCAGGGCCUUUGCUUUUCUUCACGGUACUGAGGAUUGAACCUGGUGCCUCACAUGCGAGGCAAGUGCAACCACUGAACUAGACUCCCGGCCCCUUUCCCUCUUAACAGCCAUACACUGUUUUCUAGGUUGUUGAAAUGCCUUUUUAAAGAGUGCAUGUUCUUGCUCUUAACGUUUUUGUGACUUCGGUUCAUUUUUUUUCCCCUGCAAGUGAUUGAUGUUCUUCCCAUUUGGAAUGUCCUACAGCCAUGUGCUUCAGAGAUUGCUUGUGUGUCUGCCAUUCUGCUCAGUUUGUGAAUGGUGGUCAGCUGCUAAUGUGCAUUGCAUUUAGAAAAUAUAAACCAAACUUCAUUUAUAGGCUUCCUUGGGAUUGAAAUGAACACAGCCAUUUUUUCCCCUGCCCCCUUUCUCCUCCUCCUCCUGAGUCUGGCUUCAGACUCACAUCCACCUAUUUUUGCUGGGAUUGAAGGAAUGCACCAACAAACCUGUUUAUAAGUUUUCUAAAAAAGACUAUUUCUUUUCCCAUUAGAGAAACUUGAUAACUAAAUGAUGUAGAAGUAUUUUCUAUGUGUGAUCUUGUUUUCAAAGUAAUUGUAGUUCUGUAUGAACAGCUACUUACAUAUAAUUUAAUGCUCAUCUAAACAGUCCCUGUAGCUCCAGAAAUGGAGGGAAUAGUUACAUAUUUUUAUCUCCCGUUUUCCCUCCUACUCUUGACUUUUGGUGGCUUGAGUUCUCUUGUUUCCAUUGGCAACAUAUUUGCUGGUGUGGAGGCACUGCCAGGUGGGAGGGUGCAUAUUAAAGUAUGAAGGUAAUUCUAACAUACACACACAGACUUGGUCCGUAUAGUGUGUGCAAGUGGGGUGUGGUGAGGGAUGAGACUCAGCCCCGUGAAAGAUUGUUAGGCAAGUGCUCUACCACUGAGUGACAUCCUUAGCCUUGAAAAUAGUUUUUGAUGUUGGAAACCCCAUACUUAAUUAUGAGUGGAUUUAUGAAGCUAAGUUAAACACAAACAUGGAAAGUACAAAAAAUCUGGGUUUUUUAGUAAGAACAACUCACUGCUAAUUAUGUCCUCAUUGCUAAUGUCAUUUUGUUAUUGCUUUGGAAUUAUAUGGUUGUGUGGUGUAGGGCUUAGUUAAUUCAAAAACCAUAUUGUUGCUGUAUUAUAAGAAAUUACAGUACCACUUUGAGUAGUCUGAA